UCACCCUGCGUGGUGGACGACCGCACCGCUCUCCAACUCGAUUUCCUCGUCGUGCCCGUCGAUGCCCGGCGCUCACCAGCGCUCGCCGGCGCUAAUGCUCUCCACCAAGAGAGUCGAGCAGCACCGAAUGCUGCCGAGGUUUUCUCGGCAGCCGAGCCGAGUCGACGGCGGAUGGCGACGGCAGCAACGGCGACGAUGACGAUGACGACGUCAACGUCAACGUUGACAGGUCAUACGUCGCGCGAGCACACACAUCGCCCUGUUACUGCAUUCUUUUGCAUCUUGUGCAUUCCACUCCAGUCGAAAUUCACGAAUCGAAGAGGGGAGGGAGACCUCCGCGGAGACCUCUCUAGGAGUAGCUGUGAAUCACGGGGAUUUUGACAUGCUACACUCGGUGCAAUUUUGGCGAAGAAAAAUAUAUCCGCUGCAAAGCUGUUUUCAAGUGGAACGUAGCGCAUCUACAUAGAUGUUCAUGCGCUAUGAUUGUCGGCACAGGAUAUAAGAAAGAUCAUUUGAUUAACUUAUCAAUCGUCUGCUGUUGCACACGUUACUCUGCUCCUACUGCGAUUGGUAAACUAUCGAUCGCGAACAAAAAGUACCGUGAUGUAUCGUUGAACUCAAGUUUUUACAUCGAGACGCGUAAAGAGGUUGCGCUGAUAACGACGUCGUUUCUGUUUGCUAAUCACAUCACGUCGUGUGCAUCUCAAGCGUAAUUCAACGGGUAUUUCGGUAUGGCAACACCGCUACCAGAUGUCAACAGCGUUAAGGUGAAGGCGUUGCGGACCUUCGCCGAGAAAUUCGGCGAACAGGCCUCCAUUUGCGUGUACGCGCCAGGACGCGUUAAUCUCAUCGGCGAGCAUACCGACUAUAACGAUGGCUUCGUACUGCCAAUGGCACUGCCUAUGAUCACGCUGAUAGUCGGGAAGUCUCACUCUGGUAACAAAACCCGAAUUCUUUCUUUGAGUAAUGCGGUCGGUGCUACAAAUGAGUUUGAAUUCGAAGCCGGAUGUCGGUCUGAUCUAAAACCGGGAGAGCCAAAAUGGGCGAACUAUAUAAAAGGAUGUAUCGCCAAUUUUAUUUGUGACGUCCCCGCGUUCAAUGCUGUAAUUGUAUCGACUGUCCCAGCGGGCUCCGGACUCAGUAGUUCUGCGGCUUUAGAAGUAGCCACGUAUACUUUCUUAGAGACCCUGAGCGGGAAAAAACCAGAGAAACCAGAGCAGAAGGCUUUAGCAUGUCAAAAGGCAGAGCAUGAUUUUGCUGGAGUGCCCUGUGGUAUAAUGGAUCAAUUUAUCUCAUCUAUGGGCAAGGAAGGUUGUGCCCUUUUACUCGAUUGUCGUGAUCUUGUCACUAAACAAAUACCGAUGCUACACUUAGAUAAUUACGCUUUUCUCAUAACAAAUUCAAACGCACCGCACAAACUGAGUUCGAGCGCUUAUUGCGAGCGCAGAGAUUGUUGCUACGAGGCUGCGAAACUAUUGGGCAAGAAGAGUUUGAGAGAUGCAAAUAUGAAUGAUAUUUUAGUGUUAACAUCACAAAAUGCGUCCGAUCAUGUAGUAAAAAGAGCUCGUCACGUGGUCGCGGAAAUACAACGAACUCUGGACGGUGCGGUGGCGCUUGAGAAAGGUGACUUUCAGCAAUUUGGGCGAUUAAUGAAUGAAAGUCAUAAUUCAUUACGCGACGAUUACGAGGUUUCGUCCAAGGAGCUCGAUUCUCUGGUUUCGGCGGCUAGAGAGAUAGACGGCGUGUUAGGAAGCCGCUUGACGGGCGCGGGUUUCGGUGGUUGCACCGUAACUCUGUUGAGAAAGGAUGCGGUCGAUAGGGCAAUCCAACACAUAAAAGCAAAAUAUCUCGGUACACCUGCGUUCUACAUUGCGACUCCGUUUGGAGGUGCUCGAGAAAUCAGCGUCAAUUAGCAUUAAUAUUAAUUUCUUAUACACAUGUACAUAUUUUACAAUAUUAUGUUAACAAUUGUACAAUACUUUAAAAUACAUAAUUGAUUUUUCAAGAUGUAUAUAUAUAUAUACACAUAUAUAAUAUAUAUAUGUGUGUGUGGUUUACACAUGUUUAUCAAAUGCACACAUAUUUUUUGUAGCGGAAUCUGAUAUAUUUACAGUGAAGUUAUUUACAAUGCAAUGCUAUCGCAAUUUAUGUUUACCUUAACGAUGAUAUAUGAGAGAUGGCUUAUAAUAUUGGCGUUACAUACAGAAAAAAAGAUUGUUUAAUUGCAAAAUUAAUAAUAAAACAGAUUACAGCCGUUA